GAAACGAUGAGAGGGCGAGGAGGAUUCGGAUAGGUAUUUUUUUAACUCUGAAAACUCUGCAGAUUUAUAUAACGUCCAGAAUAACAAGAUACACAGUGUCGCCCUGAAUGUAGCAGUGAACUCCUUCGCUCCAGAUUCCUGUUCACUGCACCGGAGUCUCCAUCCUCUUUGUACUUCCAGCAUUUAUUAUCCCAAGUUUGAUCUCCAUGGUAACCCGACGCCUCUCAUAUUAAUCGCGAACACCACUUCGACAGCCAAUUGAAUUAAGGCGGUCCGACACCCUUUCCUGUUUCGGUGCGAUUUACUGACACCUAGCGGCUGAGGAAGGCCAUGCAGGUCGCGUUCGCUCAUUUGCAGUGGCUGGAUUUCCAGAGAUACAGAGAGAAGAGGAUCCCAAGGCAGAAGCAUGCUGCCUGUGUCACCGUCACUCACAUCUCCAGGUUCAAGCCCAUCACCGUGUAACGAAGGGGCAGCUCUGCUGUUUUUGCCAUGGGAGAUAUUGGCUCGUAUUGUCUCCCAUCUUCCGGCUCAGUGUGUCAUCCAAGUCUUGCCCAAGGUAUGUCGCUUAUUUCAGAGUCUGAGUGAGGACAGCACCGCCUGGCAGAUACGAGCUCGGAGGCUGAUCGGUCCAAAUCGGUCCUUCCCCUUGGGUCCGUCAGAGGGGUUUGAUUGGCCCACUGCAUGCCUUGAGAUGGAGCAGCUCACCCGCAGCUGGACCAAAUCAGAGGAGGGAAUACAGGGGGCUGAGGGAGAGAGGGAUGCCCAAGAGGAAGACAGAGAUGGGGCCAGAGGGGAGGAAAGAAAGGAGAGAGAGGAGGGGCCAGGUAUUGAAGAUGGAGUGGAAGAUGCAGAAGCAAGGCUAGAUGAUGAAGAUGAGAGGAUUGAAAGAUUCUUGGAGGAGCUGGACAGUGAUCGAAACCCAUCCCACAGCCUCAGCCGCCCCUCAGGUUUGGAGUACUUCAGUUUGCCCUCAGCGCACAUCGCUGCUUUAGAUUGUGUGCUACUGGUGGGUGGAGAGGGGGCUGUAUGUGUUUCAGGAUCCCGGGAUGGAAAUGUAAACCUGUGGGAUGUGCGGAAAAGGGUGCUGCUGCGCACCCUGGGUGAUCCGGGUCUCUUCAGCACACACCGGGGCUGGGUGUGGUGCCUGGCAGCACAUGGCCCGCUGCUGUGCUCCGGCUCCUUCGACAGCACGGUACGCCUGUGGGACUUGGCAGCCGGGGGAGCCGAGCGAGGACUGAUCCAGGGCCGUGCUGCCGUGCUUUGCCUUUCCUGCCAGGAUCACGUGCUGCUGGCCGGUUCCUACGACAAGAAUGUCAGCAUUUAUGACACCAGAGCAUCCGACCCUCUGGUAAAGAGCCUGCGUCUCCACGGAAACGCUGUGCUGUGCCUGUCUGCUGACGAGAAGUACAUCCUGUCUGGGAGCAAGGACAACACACUGGCUGUUUUUGACCGCAGGGCAGGGAAACUUCUCCAGAAAUUGCGGUGGAGGAGAGGUGUGGGCUGGGGACAACCAUGGCAGGCUCCACACAUUCUCGCUGCAGGAUGGCUUCUUCAGGCAUGUCUCACGUUUCGACGAGGUGCACUGUGCCCUGGUCACCGGGAUACACCGCUCCCUUGGAACCCUCUAUACCUGUUCUUCAGACCGCACCAUCAAGGUGCACCUUCCUUGUGGCUCCCCGAAGACAUUAUUCACAAUCCAUCAUCAGUCUGGGGUUCAUGGGCUCAGCGUGGAGGCUGGGGUGCUCGCUGUCGGCUCUGGGAACAUCUGCGUGGAUGUGUGGAGAGUGCGCCAGUGAGGUGGCCUCCGAAAAGCAUGGCAGUGCUGGGGCCACUGUUCAGCACUUGGUCUUCUCACUAUUGAGGAUUGCUAAUUUGGUAGGGCCAGGACCCUUUCCGCAGCGCUUCAGAUGAGUUCUGUUCUGAGCCAACAGAGCAAUGUUUUUGGAGAAGGAGUUCUCUUUAGUUUGUUACAGUAUUGCACUUUGAAUAUUUCACUUGCGCUAUCUGUAACCAUGACAGGAAAGUGCAUUGCAACCCCUUGCUUUGUGAAAAUGUAUAAAUCCGUGUUUACCUGCGAUCAUCUUUAAAAGUAGGUUUUUAACUUGUUCGGUGUACAUCGUAAGUUUAAUUUACUUUAUUCAAUGAAUUUAUUAUUGUGUUUGGAAAUGAGUUUAUCUGUCUGCCAUGCUGAAGAAGGGGAACUCUUAGCAAGGGGUUGUAAAUAAAAUAGACUCCCAGCUGUAUCUGAUGCUUUCAUGGAGGUUGUACCACGUACCAUGAAGGUUGGUCUUGGAAGGAAAAAUGUCUCAUUUGUUGUCAAAAGCCUGAAAACAAUUCUGAAGACUACCUCAACUCCGAAGAGCAUGGACCUGGAUUGAGGGCAACCUUUCCCGUCACCAUGUACCCCUCCAUAUUCCGGUGGCUACAGAGAAAUGGAGAAAAUAACAAAUGCAUAAACCCUCUCCUAUUAGACAUUCGGGUUGUCUGAAACACAGUUAGAACUGUGUCCAUUUAGUGAAGUGUGUAAAUGGCACAAUGUAUUCUCUUUUAGUCCAGCUUAAGGGCUCAGGACUUGGGGAAUGCGUACAAAAGCCCUCAGAUAAAGAGUUGGAAAAGGUAUAUGACUGGGUUUCGGUCCAACUUUUAAAAAAUGUCUUCUCAUCCAAUUCGCUACUUGUGCGAAUGUGUACAGAUCUGGGUGUGAAGGUUGCUUGAUUCUGGGUGACAUUUUAAAAUAGCAUUGCUUCUUCUAAGCUGUGUGAUGUUAUUGUUCCAACAGGCUAAAGCUCUUAUUGGCCAUUUCAAGAUGACAGUGUCAGACAGCCAGUUCUCGUGGGGUGUACAUUUUAAUUCCUUUGUGAAUGAAGUAAACCUCACUGUCUUCCAGAAUUUAUGGGGUUCAUGGUUUAUGGAGUCCAGUACAUGAUAUUCAAGUAACCUGGC